GAACCCUGAGCAUCACACACGUGUUUUUAAAAUUGUUCAACUACAUUGUUAUCGAAUAAUUCUAUAUCUUUUUCAAGUGCUUCCAAGGAACUAUCGUUUGUAGCCGAUGACUAAUACCUUAUUCAUAAUCAGCUUAAAUAUAUUGUCAUAAUUAAAGUUCAAUUUUCGUCUGAAAUAUAAUGUGAGAAAAAACAAUAGUCAGAGCAAGUUUACCUCGCAAAUCGUCACGGUAGGAUUUGAUGGUGCAUCUCAGACGAGUGAGUUGAUUCUUUCUAGUAUUGAAAAAAAAAAGAGAAAGAGAGGGGAGAAAGAAAAAACUUUAUUUCUAAUUAUUAUUGUUAUCUAACACUACGCGACAUUAAAUAUGCUAUAUGUGGAAUAGUGUUUACGAAGGAAACUUCAAACGUAUUAUAUCAAUGUGUGUUUGUGUUAAGACGAUAAAAGAAAACGCCCUGUAUUUGUCUACAAGAGUAUAAGAGUAAAAUUAAGUAUAGUCUGUGGUACAACCAAGUGUUGAUUAUUUAUCUACGUAUAAUAAGAAAAAAGUUUAUGAAUGAUUUAACCUUUCGUAUGAUAAUAAAUAUCGGAAACCUACCGCUUGAGGUUAUGUUAGCUUCAAUUAUUCCAAUUAUAUUUUGAAAAGGUAUCCCCGCGCAAAAAUUGCCCAGUCAUCCAAUAAUCAUAAUUUAGUUGUACAUAUCAAUUAAUGAAACAUUCAGUCAAAUCAUAUAUUUCCAUUGGUUACGCAGUUUAUAUAAAAAUCACUCUGGUAUGUUGUGCCAAUCCUAAAUAACACGGUAUUUGGUCCAAUUCAUUCCUGAUAAUGGCUGAUGAAGUAGAGGCACUUCGCCUUAAUAAUGAAGAAAUUGAAUAUAUGGAAGCAGAACUUGAUGGGGACGACGAUGAUGGUUCCGACGGUGUGGUAGUUCCAGAACUUCAGGGUACAUUAUCCAAGUGGACUAAUUAUAUACACGGCUGGCAAACUAGAUUUAUUGUUCUCAAGAAUGGUACUUUGUCUUAUUACAAAUCUGAACAGGAUAGUGGAUUUGGUUGCCGUGGUUCAAUAAGUCUAUAUAAAGCUAAUAUCAAGGCACAUGAAUUUGAUGAAUGUAGAUUUGACGUAUCUGUUAACGAUUGCUUAGUAUGGUAUUUGAGAGCAACCAAUCCCGAAGAAAAACAAAGAUGGGUAGAUGUUUUAAAAUCAUAUAAGUCAGAAUCAGGGUAUGGAAGUGAAAAUAGUCUUAAACGUCAUGGUAGUGCCAUUUCUCUAGUAUCGAACACACAGUCCACUACAAGUGCUGGUAGUUUUACUAAGCGUGGUAUUAGAGGUUUAAAAGAAAAAUUAGCAGAAAUAGAAACUUUCAGAGAUAUCCUAAUAAAGCAAAUCGAUACAUUACAAAAAUAUUUUGAUAAUUGCGCAGAAAAUGCUAAAAAUGCUUCUUCAAAAGAAAAUAAGAUUGAAAAAAAAUUUAAUCCGGCUGAACAGUCAGUGGAUUUUAAGGGCGAAGCAAUUACAUUUAAAGCAACAAGCGAAGGAGUAUUGGCGACAUUGCAACAUUGCAUUGAGUUAAUGAUACAACGUGAAGAUGCAUGGCGUCGUAGAUGGGAUAAAGAGGUUGAAAAAAAACGAAAAUUACAAGAAUUGUACAAAACCUUAAAAGACCAAAUUACCAUGCAUCAAAGCGACUCUCCAAGACCUCGAGUUCUCAUUCAUGGAGGUCCUGAUUAUGAGGAAGGCCCACACAGUGCGCUCUGUGACGAAGAAUUUUAUGAUGCAGUAGAAACUGGUUUAGAUAAAAUUGAUGAAGAAAAUCAAUUAAGAGAUCGUUUGAAACAAAAAUCUGUCACCAUUUUAACUAUGCCUACUACGUCAGCAGUUAAGCAUAGGCUUUGGCCUGAGAUAGAGAAAAUAACAAUGCAACAGUUACACUAUGCUAGACUUGGUGUAGGAGGUGCAGGAGGAUGGCAAUUAUUUGCUGAAGACGGUGAUAUGCGAAUGUAUAGACGAGAGGAAGAAGCUGAUGGUUUGGUAGUAGAUCCACUUAAAGCUUGUCACGUCGUAAAAGGUGUGACUGGACACGAAGUUUGCGAAAUAUUUUUCGGCCCCGAAUAUAGAAGCGAAUGGGAAGCUACACUCGAAGAUAUGACUGUAAUAGAAAAUAUCUCCAAGGAUACUUUGGUAUUUCUACAAACGCAUAAACGAAUUUGGCCUGCAACCCAACGGGAUGCCCUUUUCUGGUCUCACAUACGUAGAGUAAAAGAUGAUCAAGAUCCAGAUUCACAAGAUUUAUGGAUAGUAUGCAACCACAGUACAGAACAUUCUGAUUAUCCGUCAAAUGUUGGUAAAUGCGUGAGAGUUUACUUGACAGUGUGUCUUGUAUGUCAAACAUUUAUUGACCCUCCGAAAGAUGAAGAAGAAAUAAAACGGGAUAACAUAACUUGCAAAAUAACGUACUGUUCAGUCGUAAAUCCUGGCGGAUGGGCACCGGCAUCUGUUUUACGUGCGAUUUACAAGAGAGAGUAUCCAAAGUUCCUUAAACGUUUCACCAAUUUUUGUAUCGAACAAUGCAAAAAUAAGCCAAUUACAUUCUGAACGUGAUUUA